AGAAGAGAAAAAAUGAAUUCAGCUGAUCUUUCCCUCCUUGAAUCUAUACAACAUCAUCUUCUGAAUGAUUCUAAUAUUCCAGAAAUCUUUUCAGCUAUGGAUUCGAAUAGCCCAAGUUCAAGUUUUAGCAACUCUCCUUCUACAGAAAACAACUUUUACUAUGGUGAAUUAACACCAUUGAUAAACCCUACUUUAGUAGCCACUGAAAAGUUUCAUGAAUUUGAAGAGACUAAUAAUAAGGAGACUGUGCCGGCGAAUGUGGCAAACGCGCCACAAGAUUGGAAGCGGUACAGAGGCGUAAGACGGCGGCCGUGGGGCAAGUUCGCGGCGGAGAUAAGGGAUCCGAAUAAGAAAAAUGCAAGAUUAUGGUUAGGAACAUAUGAGACACCGGAGGAUGCAGCAUUGGCUUAUGAUCAAGCCGCUUUCAAAAUUCGUGGCUCGAAAGCACGGCUCAAUUUCCCUCACUUAGUCGGCUCAGGCAUGCCGGAGCCGGCUAGAGUGAACCCUAGGCGUCGCUCGCACUCGCCGGAGUCGUCAUCUGAAAACGGAACACCAAGAAAACUAUUUGUGUAACUAGGUUUAUGUUUGCUUGUGUAUUUUAUUUGAGAGUAAAUUUCUUUUUCUUGCUGAGAGGAGUAAGUUUUACUUGUAAUGAGAAAUACAUAUGUAAAUUAG